GGCUGGGUGGAGGUGGAGAGGAAGAGCUGCCGGAAGUAGAAGGCAGGGGUGGUGGCGGAGCAGGCGGCAGCUGCCUGGGAAACCGAGGCCCGGGACGCACCGCACGCAGACAGGCAGAGAAGCCGGGUGGUCGUCUCUGUGCCCGGCACCCAGCAGGCCCGAGACCACCCUUUGCAUGGGCCGAGGGUCCCUGGUCCGGCAGCUUUCUCUGGACUCGAGUCUUUCCCUAAGCCCGCCAGGGGGCGCCGCGCUGAGGGGCUGCUGAGGGGCUGCUGAGGGGGGCGGGCGCGGCUGUCCGGAGAAGGGGCGCGGGGCCGGAGGAGAGGGCUCUGCCCCGCUCAGGAGGUACCCCUGGGCGGGGAAGCGGGAGUCUUCACCUACAGACCGGGGCAAGGUUUCUGGGGGCGAGGAGGGCGCGUCGCCCUCUGCCCCCGCCGGCACCCUGGCCAUGACGGGCAAGUCGGUGAAGGACGUGGAUCGGUACCAGGCGGUCCUGGCCAACCUACUGCUGGAGGAAGAUAACAAGUUUUGUGCGGACUGCCAGUCCAAAGGUUUGUCUGUCUCCGCCCCCGCCCCACCCACGUCUUCAGAUGGACUUGCGGAGGGAGGUCACCUGCCUUUGGGCCCCUGCUACGUUAAUGGAAUUGGUGGAAGUAGGCCACCAGCAGAGGUUUCCAGUGGAGUGCUUUGUGGAUGCUGGUCCAUUGACGGCUGCACCGCAGCUCCCUCCCCAGUGGAAAGCCCCAGAGAUGAGUCAAAUCUGCCUUCAGCUGUGGCCACCCAUCAGCGGCCGCGAUGGGCCUCCUGGAACAUCGGUGUGUUCAUCUGCAUCCGAUGUGCUGGAAUCCACAGGAAUCUGGGGGUGCACAUAUCCAGGGUAAAAUCAGUUAACCUUGACCAGUGGACUCAAGAACAGAUUCAGUGCAUGCAAGAGAUGGGGAAUGGAAAGGCCAACCGACUUUAUGAAGCCUACCUUCCUGAGACCUUCCGGCGACCUCAGAUAGACCCAGCUGUCGAGGGAUUUAUUCGAGAUAAAUAUGAGAAGAAGAAAUACAUGGACCGAAGUUUGGACAUCAAUGCCCUUAGGAAAGAAAAAGAUGACAAGUGGAAAAGAGGGAAUGAGCCAGCUCCAGAGAAAAAAGUGGAACCUGUCGUUUUUGAGAAAGUGAAAAUGCCACAGAAAAAGGAAGACCCACAGCUACCUCGGAAAAGCUCCCCGAAAUCCGCAGCGCCCGUCGUGGAUUUGUUGGGCCUUGACGCUCCUGUGGCCUGCUCCAUUGUGAGCAGUAAGACCAGCAAUACCCUGGAGAAGGACUUAGACCUUUUGGCCUCUGUUCCAUCCCCCUCUUCUUCGGUUUCCAGACAGGUUGUAGGUUCCAUGCCAACUGCAGGGAGUGCCGGCUCUGUUCCUGAAAACCUGAACCUGUUUCCAGAGCCAGGGAGCAAAUCAGAAGAAACAAGCAAGAAACAGCUCUCUAAAGACUCCAUCCUCUCACUGUACGGGUCCCAGACGCCGCAGAUGCCUGCUCAAGCGAUGUUCAUGGCUCCUGCUCAGAUGGCAUAUCCCACAGCUUACCCUGGCUUCCCUGGGGUUGCACCCCCUAACAGCAUAAUGGGAAGCAUGAUGACCCCACCAGUAGGCAUGGUAGCUCAGCCAGGAGCCUCCGGGAUGGUUGCCCCCAUGGCCGUGCCUGCAGGCUAUAUGGGCGGUAUGCAGGCUCCAGUGAUGGGCGUGCCAAACGGAAUGAUGACCGCCCAGCAGGCGGGCUACAUGGCAGGCAUGGCAGCUAUGCCCCAGACUGUGUACGGGGUGCAGCCAGCCCAGCAGCUGCAAUGGAACCUUACUCAGAUGACCCAGCAGAUGGCAGGGAUGAACUUCUGUGGAGCCAAUGGCAUGCUGAGCUAUGGACAGUCGAUGAGCGGCGGAAAUGGACAGGCAGCAAAUCAGACUCUCAGCCCGCAGAUGUGGAAAUAAAAACAGAACACCUGUGCGGCUGCCCCUCUCCUCCGCCCUCUCUGCCCCUUGCUCCUCUUUCCCCAACUCUUCCAGCCCCCCCCUUCUCCCACCUCUCUCUGUUUGGUUUAGAAAUUGCUCAGUCUGUCAUUUGGGAUUUGGCAUUCUGCCCAGCACAGCCACUUCCCAAACACACAGACCUCUCUGUUGCUUUACGUUGUACAUGUCCCCGAGCUAUCCUGACCUCCUCCCCAGCACCCCCAGUGCUCCCCCACACCAGCACCUUAGGAAUUGUUGGCAGAAGGCACUUAAUACUGCGGAAGGAAUGUGCACACUUUUGAGUACCUUUCCCACAAGGUUAACCCUCCUUUCAGACUGUUGGAGGGGCAUGUAGGUAUUGUUUUAGGCAAAGAGGGGAGGGUUUAGAGCUACUUCCAUGUGUGUUAAUAAACUAUUUCUACAUGUUUAAAUUAUUGGUUAAAGCGGGAAGCAUCAUGUUCCCAUGAUUUAUGGGAAUUAAGAAUGUACUGAAAUAAAAUUAAAUACUUCUUGGGUCUUAGAUCAGGUUGGGCCUACCCCUGGGGAGAGACGAACCCCCAUCUAUGAGGAUGAACAAAAAUGUUACCCUCCUGAGCCCAGAGUUGCUUUCUGGAUCUGAGGCAUCGGGACUCGCUGCUUCUGUCAGCCUUUGUUAGCACCAAAGACUCUAUGAAGGUCCCACAGAAAACACACAGCCCUUUCCCUGCCUCCGCCUUGCCUGCGGCUGGAGCACCGGCCCCACCAGAGGGAAUGCAGAGCUUAACGUGUGCACUGCGUGCGUGCGUGUGUGCGUGUGUGUGUGCGUGGAUUCCACCUCCCACUCUCCCCCCAUCUGCUCUGGGUAUUUUUGUUUUUGUUUUUUCAGGUUUAGGUUUACAACAGAGAGGAAAUAAUUUAUCAACAGCCUGAAACUGGCUUGCCAGUUUUUCUUAUAGUUAAAAAAGUGCAAUCUCACUGAUGGCUCUCGUCCUCCUUUCCCCUCUCCCAACCUGCCAAUCACUCUUUUAUACCUGUGUCUCCCUGGCUGCUCUGUUUCCCCACCUGCUCCAGGUGUACGAGGCAGAGAGCCUGGACAGCUUUCCUCUCAGUCACUCUUCACCCUACUUGAAAAUUAAAACAAGAAAACUUUGCUUAAAAGAUUUCAACUGUGGGAACCACAAUUUCUGGUUGCCUUUCUCCUGUGUAUGUGUAAAUUCCUUAAUAAAUAUUGCAGGGAAGGAC